AUAAAAUCCAAAUCAAGCUCGUCAUGUGGGUCACGUGGAGGAGGAGGAGGACCACGGCGAAGCGGAGCGCGGGAUUCCUCCAGGUAUCGCGUCCGGACGUUCUCGAUCACACCCGGUUCGGUCGAGGUCCCCUUGGGGUCUCCGAUGGGGUCUCCCUUGGGGUCCCCUUGAAGUCCCUGAGGCCGGGAACGGACGCGGGGCGCAAAGGUUCCCUUGCUGUGCCGCGGGCCGAGGCACCCUGCCGACCCCGCUGCGGGCACGUCGCUUCGUGUUCGACAGUAAUUAAUCUGGUCGUUAAUUAACCUGACGCCGUCUUAAAUGACGCGCCGCGCUCCCCGGUGAUUGUUUUGUACGUGUCCAGACAUUUAUCAGCAAUCCACUGCUGGAUGAGUGCCUCUCCCACUCCGUGCAAGUGGUGGAAGGGUGGUCAGAUGUUUGGCGAAGACGGCGAGCAUCGGCCAUUUGUUAAAUAAUAUAUAGUUGGUUCAUAAUCGUUGUUUGUGUUUGAGACGCCUCAUUGUUGGUGGAUAAUCUGAGCUUAGACGCGGGAAGUUGGUGGUUGAGGAAGAGGCCUGGUCGGAUCCCGGGCAUCCUGCUGUUGCCUGGUCGCUUCUACCGGGGAAGGCACGUGAAACCCGAGGCGGACGGAAGGGAGAGUUCCUGUUGUGUGAUGAGCGCUGUAAAGCGUUGGCGCUGACAAAACGCGCUUACCCUGCGCAUUGCCCGCGCUUGCGACUCACAGCUGCGCGACCACCUCCCUCCUCCACCAUCACAUAUCUCCACCACCCUCCACCACCACCUCCAUCUUCCUCCACUACCACCUCCCUUUACCACCACUUCCCUCCUCCUCCACCACCACUACCACCUACAACCACCACCCUCCACAACCACCUCCCAUCAACACCAACUCGAUCAUCACCAACACCACAAUCGCCACAAACACCAUCGCCACAUCACAAUCACCACCAAGGUUUAGAUUACCAUCACCAUAAACGCCCAUCAGCAACACAAUCGUCACCACCACGCUCACCACCACGUCCUCGAGCUCCGCGCGCCCCUCCCAGCAGCAGCGCGGCGGCGGCGCGGUAAAGCGCGGCGGCGCAGCGAGGCGAGCGCUCUCCCGCUAACAUGUCCGAAAAUGACAGCAAUCUGAACGGCGUGAGCGAUGGCACGGGCGAGUUCACCGAGGGGGGCAUGUGCCGGGACUUCCUGCGCAACGUGUGCAAGCGGGGCAAGCACUGCCGCUACCACCACCCUGAGUUCAGCGAGGUCAUCAACAUGGGCGUGCGCCGCAACGAGCUGAGCUUCUGCCACGACUUCCAGAACGGCAGCUGCACACGGCCCAACUGCAAGUUCGUGCAUUCGCCCAAGCAGGACGAGGAGUUCUACCGGCGGCACGGGGAGCUGCCGGCGCACCUCAAGCAGACGGUGGCCGCCGGCCUUGGCCUCUCGCUGCGGGACCUGCAACUGCGGCAGGGCGAGGUGCCCGUGUGCCACGACAACCUCAACAACGGCUGCCUCAGAGGCAAGCGCUGCAAGUUCCGGCACGUGACGCGCGAGGAGUUCACGCUGGAAAUGGGGUUGUGUGGCCACGCCGGCGCACCGGACGCCACCGCUGUGACCAUCCUGCCGCCCCCCCCAGCGAUGCCCGCCACCAUGAUGCCACGCUACCGCUUCGAUGGGUUCGGCGAGGCCUUCGAGGAGGAGCGCUUCGUUGAGUUUGAGUUGGCACGCGCCAAGCGCCGCCGCCUGGAGGAGCCGUGGGCCGAGCGCUUCGAGCACCCGCUGCCCACACUGCGCCUCGCCGACACACAGCUGCUGCUGCUGCAGGAGGAGAACAUAAUGCUGCGGCGGCGCAUGGAGGAGCUGCGCAAGCAGGCGGUCGACCUGACGGCCGUCAACGAGGCACUGCUGGAGCAAAACGCGCGGCUGCGCGUGCAGGCUGGCAAGGUCGUGACGCUCACCUCGGCCGAACAGACGCUGGUGCCGCGCGCCCCCACCGUUGUGGUGGCCGCCGCUGCCAUGCCCAGCUACAGCCAUGCGCUGGGCCAGCCGCUCACCACGCUGAGUGGGCAGACGCUGCAGGGCCGGCCCGUGUCGCAGCAGGAGCUGGUGGCGCCGAGCGGGGCGCCCACCGCGCAGGCCUCUAACCCGGGGGCGCCACCACCUCAGCCCGUGGCACCGCCACAUCUGAACCCUGAGGCAUUGGCGCCCCUGCCAGCCACGCUGGGGUUGGCGCCCGCCGUGUCACUCGCCACGGUGGCCGUGUCGGUGGCGCCGGUUGUGUCCAUGGCGCAGUCGCUGUCGGGGAUCACCAUGAGCCACGCCACCACGCCCAUCAUGACGUUCCCCAUCGCAACUCAGAGCAUACACAUGACGUCCCUGCCACACUAGCCCCACCGCCGCCACCACCACCACCACAACGCUGGCAGCGAAUCCCUGAUGCGUGCAGAACUCAACCUUUGUCGGAUCCUCUUUGUUUUUUUAAGGAGAAAUGUGUCUGAAAGUGAAAAAUCUCUCCAACUCAAACUGGUAUUGGGCAGUGCUCACCUCAGUUGGCUGUAAAGUGUGGAUAUUCCACAUUCUUUAGGGCUAAACCAACUGGUCCCAACAUCUUGCAACAACGUUUUUAUUUAUCUAACCUUCGUGGGGAUGACAGGCUGAAUCAAUUUCCGAUCAGGAUUACAAUUUUCCACUUGGCAAUUAUGAGUUGAUUUUUACACUCGGCCAAUUGAGUAUCGGUAAUAUCGAGUAAAAAUAAAUAAAUCACGAUUGGAAUUUUGAUGAUGGCAAGGACACACGGUGGCCUGCUGAAGUCAGAUGAUCGUUUAAUUGAUGGUUUUCAUAUAUGGAUAUCAUCCUUGGAAUUGAAGCGGCACUCCUAAGUAAUGUGACAUGGCGGUGUGUACACGACUGGACCGCCUAGCCCUGUGAGCAGGGGAAAUAAUGUCGUGAGGGCGCACUUGAUAAUGUGUCUCUGCUUUAGGUCUGUUCCAAAGAGAUGGUUCCACGCUUGUUUUAUUACGAGUUGUAGUUUUCAGAAAUAUUGCAUGAAGAGAUCAAUUGAUCAGGCUUUUGUGUAAUACGAACAUGUACAUCGCUAUUCGUAAAGGUUUUCGUUUUAGGUCGCCUAAUUAUAAAUGUGUCGAAACCCUCCACCACCCGACACAGCCAAUUAGUAAGGGAAUUGUCACAUAACACGCCAAAUAGUUACUACUUCAGCCCACGGGUGUGUUGGAGAGUAAAUCCACAACAUUUAUAAUUUGAGUACGACGUUUCGCUGGUACUUACAACCAGCAUCAUCGGGCGAUUUUCCAGAAUAGUGACGCAAUCCACCUGCUCAUUCAUAAGAAAUGCAGAGCAUCUUGUGAAUGUGAUUUAAGAAAUUAAACUUAACCCUAA